AGAAAAUUUUACUCCGUAACCCGCAAUUUGUAAUCAAAUCGGGGACGGAGGGAGUAUAUAAUAGUUAUCAUACAUAUGUUCUGGGCAUUGGGAAAAAAGUUUGUAAAAUUUACAAAAAUACCAAGAUGUAGCCAAAGCCAUAUAAUUUGCUGGAAGGGAAGCCCGAACCCUAACGUGACUUCUUCUGUAGCGGCUGCAACUCCUGCAAGAGAUGGGCGAGAUGAAGGAUCUGUACGUAAGCACGUCGCGCUCCCUCCUCCGCCUGGAUCUGAAAAACUACAAUUUCGAUCCCUUGUUAGAAUCAGCAGAGCCUCCGCCACAAGCAGCGGUUUCCUUGGAAUAUGGAAAUAACUAUCCGUAUGGGUUGCGUGUUAUCAAAUCCAGCCGAUCCAAGAUCUAUAUGGUCGGCGAAAAAACUACUGGCUACUCUUGCACGGCCGAAGUUCACGAAUUCGAUCCAAUUGCAAAUAGCUUGCAGAAAGCAAACUUCUCUUUGAGAGGUUCAAAAUCGCGGCCGAUCGUGGCAGAAAUUGAGGGAAAGAUCUAUGUCCUCGAAACAGGAAGCUUGUAUCAUCAACCGGCUAAAACUUUUGAGGUAUUCGAUCCUUGUUCUGCUUCCGAGGAUUCCAUUUGCGAGGUACUGGCCGACCCCCCUUUCUAUACUGAUUGUUAUAAAUCUAGCUCUAGCUCUAGUUCUAAUGAUGAUGAUGAUGAUGAUCAUAAACAUGAUGAUUUCGAUGUCCAUGACUAUGAGGGUGAUGAUCGGCCUGAUCGUGUGGCCGGCCAUUUUGUUCUGGGCCACAAGCUGUACAUCUUGACAUGUUCUAAUAAGGUAUACCACUAUGAUACCAAGAGAAGACUGUGGGGUAGAGAGGAAGACAUGCUUAAAUAUUUCUGCAGAUAUUUAGGCUACCCUUGGAUAAUUCCAGCGGGUGGAACAACUGUGUGUGGUGGAGAUGUCAUUCUUGCCUUUCAGGAACAGGACGAUUACGAUCCCUGUUCUGCUCGUGGUAUAAGGGAUAUAAUGGAAUUGUUUGGAUAUCUGUACUCGAAAGAUGGGUGUCUCUUGGGCUAUCAAAAUUUGGGCAAUGUCUUCUCUGUGCGGCUAUAUUCAGCAGGAUACCAUGUGUUUGCUAUGGAGGAUGGCAAAGUGUGCGCUCUAUUGUUUGGAUACAAUCCUGCGAUUCCAGCUCUGCGCAGGAAUCAGAUGAACAAAUCCAGAUCAACCCCAAUUAGCGUUCCAUUUCAGGUGCUUGCUGUAUCCAUCUUUAGUGUUGUGAAAUUGUGUGAUGCUGCUCGUGCACUGCAAGAUAAAGCACUAUGUAUGCCUCUUUCUGCUGAUGCACCUCUUGCUGCUCGUCGUCGUCUUAGUGAUUAUAAAGAACAUGAGAGCACAUUCCUGUCUCUUGAGAUUGAGAGCCAAUACAUCUUCCAGGCAGAAGACGGUCGUGUUUCUCUUCUUCAAGGGGCAUUCUUCCCCUAGACCCUUAACCACUUCACCUAAUUUUAUGUCUCCUGCCAUUUUCACUUCCAAUGCCAUGGAUUUUCAUUAUGUUGUUUGCACUCUCUGUAUGGGUUGGGUUUUAUUUUAUGCUAUGUAUGCACACUUGGUUCUCUCUCCAUUUUAUCAGUAGUGUACUUGUUAUGUAAGCAGUUUAUGUUGUUACACUAAUUGAACUUCUGUGGUUGAAAUAGAGUUCCAUGGAUAUG